CGAAAACUAGACGAAACGAAGUGUCUGCCAAAUUACUAAAUUAUAAAAUAAGAAUUUAUCGAAUUUCUCUGAUUAAGAUCUUGCAUGAAAUGGAAGCGCGUUCUUCAAAAAUUUAUCAAGGAACAAGUGAAGCCAGGAGUAAGCGUCGCAAACCUAAUAUUGACGAUGAACGUAGAUACACCAAGUUUACACUAGAGGAAAUCGAAAAAAUUAGUCGGAAAGUUGCUUUUUAUGAUGAACUGAGUGUGGUUCUAAAUAUACCUUAUGAAAUGUAUUCAAACUGCGUAAACGAUCUAGAUCCCUUGGCAAAGUCUAAAAUGAUUUUGGAGAUAUUCAAUGAGCAUGAAAACUUCGAUCGAGUUAUAUUGAACAAUUUCCUUAAAAGUCGUUUCCUUGAUUUGGAUAAAAUUUUGUCUCCACCAAAACAGUUUGAUCGUGAAAGUCCACUUUUUUCAAGAUUAAAGUCAUCUGAAACUUUAUAUAAAGAUGAUCUUACAAUCGCCAAUUACGAUAUCCCGUCAAUAGGUCAAGAAGAUUUACGUUCGAUGCCAUUGCAAACGUUAGGUCGUAAAAGUCCACCUUUUCAAAGAUCAAAGUCAUCUGUAUCAGAUCUUGCAAUGGAAGCGUUUUCUUCAACACCUAAUGAAAGGACAAGUGAAGCCUGGAAAGUGCGUCGCAUACCUAAUAUUGACGAAUUGGUGUUGCAAGAGUGGAAAUACAUUGAUGAAUCAACGAAACAUAAAGAAUUGUUUUUGAAAUUGAUUGAAUAUGGACGCAAUUCCAGUGACGAGGUUAAAGUGGUGGGCAAUGUACGAGUAAUUUUCUCAAACGAGUUUUGCAUUGGCAAAGGAAAUGAUGCAACCCGUGUUUAUCUUGGACUGGAUAAGGAUGGUUACGGUAAAGCAGUGAAACGAAUACAUCGAGAUAACUACAUCCAGCUUGCGCUGCACGAAAAGAAAAUUUUGGAUGAAUUCAACGCAAGAAAGUCGAAAUAUGUUGUCAAUUAUUCUUUCCUAGAGGAAGAGACUGGAAAAGAAUAUGUAUAUUUGAUAUUAGACUUAUGUGAAGAAUCAUUGGAGAGUUUCGUAGAGUCUUCUACUUUACAUGAUCUUCAAAACGCUCUUCCCGAAAUUCUCAGACAAAUUUUGCAUGGAUUAGCUGAUCUUCAUAGCGGCCCAAAUCCUAUUAUUCAUCGUGAUUUAAAGCCCACCAAUGUUCUUCGAGAUUCACAAGGCAAAUUUCUGAUAGCUGAUUUUGGCAUUAGUCGAAUAUUGAAUAAUGAUUGUACGACAUAUGAAAGCAAGCCUAACAUGGGAACUGAGUAUUGGAUUGCUCCUGAAUCAUAUUGUGAAGAUAAAGAUACAGUCGAUAAAGGACGGUACAAGAAAGAGUCUGAUGUAAUGAAUGCAGGAAUGGUAGCUUAUUAUAUUGCAACAAAAGGAAAACACCCGUUUGGAACUAAACGGCAUAGAUUGGACAAUAUGUUAAAUGGAAACCCUGUUGGCUUGGACGAAAUCAAGGAUGAAACACUGAAAGACCUUCUAUCUUGGAUGUUAAAUCGACAACCAGAAGACAGACCAUCGGCUACCGUGGCGUUAAAACAUCCAUUUCUUAUGUCAGAUGACGAGAAAUUUGACUUAUUAUGUAAAGUUGGAAAUCUUCAGCAGAUUAAGACAAAUGAUCCUCUGUGUAGUGUCGUUCAACAAUUGAAUAGUGAAUCCUCAGAUUGGAAAAGUAAAAUAGACAGUGAUGUUUAUGAUUAUUUUAGAACGGAUGUGGUGACUGGAAAGAUUUUUACAUAUGACUCUUCAUGGACAGAAUGUUUAAGACUUAUUCGAAAUAUUAACCAACAUUGGAACGAUCGACCACGGCUAAAACCUCAACCAGAACCAUUUUAUAAGAUUGGCGAUCACAAGGCGUAUAUUCUCAAAAAUUCCCCAAUCUCCCUGUUCGAGUGCAUGCUACUGUGAGGUCCGAUGAAGAAUUGAAAAACAAUCCAGAUCUCAAGAACUUUUUCAAUUUCAGUGAAAGGAAACCACAUCAAAAAUAAACAGUUUUUAAACAGUAAAAAGUUUGUGAAAAGAUCGAUUGAUUGCGACCAGCACUAAAACCAUCCAUUUUAUAAAGUCGAUGAUCCUAAAGACUUUUUGAAAUCCCAGUUCGGGUACGUGCGGCUGUCUGGUCAAAUGGCGAAUUAAAAAGCAUUCCAGAACUUAAAAACUUUUUCAGUUUUUAAUGAAAGCGAACCACAAUGAAAAGUUUACUGUCGGGAAAACAAAUAAGAAAUCAACGAUACGGUAGUUAAAGGAUUUAUUUUUUAGAUGUAAAGUAGCAAAACACUUUUCACGACGUAUUUGGAUGAUGCAUAAUCACAUUUCUGCAUCUAGCUUACAUUAUUGAAUGAUAUAAUAUCUGAUUAUUUAAAUUUUAUUCUCAAUUGCUUUUGUUGAAGACGUAUGACAUUUAAAGUCAACUUUAUAAAAUACAUAAUAAAACUCUUAUGCGAUAGUAAA